ACACAAUUCUCCGUUCAGGUUCAGUUUUUGUUUUCGGCGUUCUCCAGUCGUUUACCACAUCGGCGACACAGAAGAUCGCCGAGAUCCUCGAGAAGACUCGGACCUCCUCUGCCAUCCACAAGGUCCCCAUGUCUUCUCCGCCUGCACCAAAACCCCUAUUUUCCUCUCUUCAAUUCCCACCGCCGUGCCCCCUGCUUCCGACAGCGUCGUCCACUUUCUUGCCGCCUCCUGCAGCUCCAGAGCUCCCUCUCAUGGCACUGCCUUCUUGCCAGUCACACCCACACCCGCGAUCUUAAUUCCCAAUCCGUUUCUACCGAACCUCUCUCCACAUUCUACCCAUUCGGUCACCAGAAGCUCUGCCUGCGGGAGGAUCAAGCGAUAGACCGUCAGUUAUCCCUCUCUGGACAGGUCCUCGGUGGAGCAUCGGUGGGGGGCUCUCUGAGCUUCAGCAGUAGGACCCCGGUCGCGGGUUUUUGAAAAGCUUUAGCAAUCUGUGGAGCCUCUCUCUACAGGCAAUCGCCUCUCUUUACUGGUAUAAGUGGACGGACCAUCAGUUGUGGGAAUUCUCCAACGACCGUAGGAUCGGCCUCUCACGGCUCCGGUCACCGAGGGAACUGCAAAUCCUCACCCAUGCCCAGAUAUAAGGACGAGCCUCCCGCAGUUCGGGUGUACACAGUCUGUGACGAAUCGAGGUAUCUGAUCGUGAGGAAUGUCCCUGCUCUGGGUUGUGGAGACGAGCUGUUGAAGUUGUUUGCUACGUAUGGAGACAUUGAAGAAUGCAAACCGAUGGAUGCCGAAGACUGUGAGCCUUACACUGAUGUGUACUGGAUCAAGUUCCGUCUCGUCUGCAACGCAAGGUUUGCAAAAAGAAAGUUGGAUGAGUUUGUCUUCCUUGGUAACCGACUACAAGUUUCGUAUGCUCCUCAAUUCGAGAGCUUAGCUGAGACUAAGGAGAAGUUGGAGUCUCGGAGAAGAGAAGUUAUAGCUCGUUUGAACCCUGGAAGAUCCAAAGCUUCUACGACUUGUGAAACAGGGGCUUUGAGAGUGUCUUCAGUGGAUGGGAGUUCAUCGCAGCAGAAUUUUAAUCAAAAGAGGGAUUUAGGUGGAACACAGCCUAUUGCUAAUGCUUCAAGUUCCAUAGUUACGAGGGUUUCCUCUGAUCAGGAUUACUUUGCAUCACAAUCAAUGAACCAUGCUGUUCGUUUGGUGAGAGAAAAGCUUGAUAAGAUUCAAUCAAGUGGCGAGCAUCUUCAAGCUGCUGGACCUGCUGUCAAGAAAGCAUGUCGGGACAAUCGAAGAAGAAUCUGAGUAUUAUAAUUGGCUAAUAUCGGCCUUUUCUAUAUAUGUAUUUGUUUUGCUGUUCUGGGCCAAUAUGCUUUUCUUGAUCAUUACUCCUGCUGAGCCAACUAUCGAAACGUGCUGGAAGAGUCCAUUGGACGUCCAAGGUACAUUGGGACACAGUCAGUUACCAUCAAUGGGCACAAGGCACUGACGCUAACUAAUCAAUUGCACAAAUGCCGGCAAAGAAUCAACAAGACAGAAACCUCAUUAUGCUUGCAUGCUUUGCAGACCAUAUGUUCCUCCUUGAAGCUUCGGUCGGAGCUUGUGGUGUUUGUUAUUAUGGUUGAUGUUUGAAGCUGUCAAUUUCACUGUCUCCAAACCCUUCCUUUCCCUGAUCAACUCUCAUCGAGAUCGCCCGUUGAAGAUUGGUCUUAAGGACAUUAGCAACUGACUCAUUGUACUUAGCUCGGUAUUGCCAGUUCUGAACUUCCACGGCAACCGGCUUUAUUCUCUCCCCGAGCCUCUCGAUUCCUCCGAUUCAUGUCCUCUAUCUCCAUGUCUUUGUCACGUAGUUUCUUGUUGACUUCUCUUUCUGUGGCAGAUAGGAAAGAAGCUAUGUGCCUUUCCUUGAUGUCUCUUACUCCCCUCAUAAGAUGUCAGCUGAAGUAAAUGUGGUUUCUGCUUUGCUUUGUAGCAUCUCGAUGGUCACUAAUUUUGAUA